AUGGCGAACCCUCUUGACCCUCGCGCACUCCUUGCGCUCGUGGCCUCCCUCGCACCGUCGGUCCACGGCAGCUCGCCCCUUCCGCACCCAACCGACGCUGCCGCGGCCUUAGUACACGCGAUCCACACCGCCCUCGACUUCCGCCUGGUUCCGUCCACGCCGACGCCGCAGGAUCCCGAUGUCGGCGUGCAUAACGAACCUACCGAGCUCGACGCCUGUGCGGAUGACGACGCGCAAUCCGAGACGGCCACUGCGGUGGACCCAGACGAAGGCGAGCCGGCCGAGAACGCGCUGCCCGCGACCUGGAACGCUCGCGGCGAGGACUCGUACAUGUUUGAGUAUCGGCAUGGACAGAGCGCCAUGACGUUCCGCGUGCGUGUUGGUCGUAUGGGGAACCGGAUCCAGGUGGACGCAAUGCCUGAGGACGGUCCUCCACACACUAUCUCGCUUCUCGUGAACGACUUACUCGAUGCAUCGGCAUUCCCGGUUCCACCCGGGCAGGCUGCGAACGCGGAGGGUGAUGCGCAGGCGCGCGCUCUAGGCUUCCGCUCUCUGGAUGCCGUGCGCACGUUUAUCGACCAGUAUAACCGAGACAUUAUCGCACGUCUUAUCCCAGGCUUGCAAAAGGAGGGCUAUCGCGCGCCCAUGACCUCUUCCGCGCCACGUGUGCCGCGUCCUGAUCGCCCGCACCAGCCUGAACCCAGUGGUGGACCCGCGCGUCCCUCACCUCUCAUGGACCCGCUGCACCCUGCUGCAGGACCAGCCGGAAUCCCUGCUGCAUCGGUCGGUCACCGCGACCUCGAUCCCCUAGGCGGACGUACUGGCCCCGGAUUCAACCGUCCGGAAUUUGACCGUGGCGGAGGUAUGCUGAUGGACUUCAACCACCCUCUGUUUGACGGCAGGCGCGGCGACGGACGGGGGCAGGGCCCGGGUGGUAUGAUGAACCCUCCUGGCUCGCGCUGGGACCCGGUUGGACCUGAGGGCCCACUCGGCCCGCGCUUCCCCUCUGCUGGUGGUAACCCGCUCAGCGGGUUUGGCACGACGGACCCGGAGUGGGGUGACGAGAUGCCUCCUCCUGGUGAGCACGGCCCGGAUCCGAGCGGACGCUUCGGACCGCGCCGUGGUGGUGGUGGCGGUGGUGGCUUUGGUGGGCCAGGCAUGGGCGGAGGGUUCGGUGAUCUCGGCCGAUUCGGUGGUGGAGGCCGCUUUGGCGGGGGUGGGGGUGGAGGCAUGUUCAUGUGA